AUGUCUGAGGAGAAAGCUCGAAAGAAGGGUCGAACACCACUUCCCAGCUUGUCCCCUGAGAGGCUGGCUCGGGUUCACAACAAUAACCGAGCUAGAGCAGCAGGGUACAAGACUACCGGCAAGACUACCGACGAGAUUACCGACGAAAAUACCGACGAGACUUCACACUCUUCACAACAAUCCCAGCCCAAAGCUACCAAACGCCGGCAUCAUCCGCUCAUUCCAUGCGAUAUUUGCGGAAAGCUCCUUAAGGGACCUCGCAUUGUCAAGUGUCACAAGCUAACGGUUCAUAUCGGCACGCGUUGCUAUUGGGGGAAAUGCGCUGAGACCUUCGCCACCACCGAGCUCCUCAUCGAACAUCUAAAAGAUCACCAGGCUAGAGAAUCGACAGACGACAACCCUGGCGAGUUAAUCUGCCACUGGCCCGGUUGUGGUCAUCCUCAUUCAGACAUCCGCGAAUUGUACCGACAUAUCCGGAUUCACAACGGUGAUGUCCAUCAAAGUAACAACUAG